AUGGCAGAUAUCGAAAAGAUUCACGUACAACAUCUUGAGGGUGUGGUCGAUGCUGAGAGUAGCCGCGAUGGAGGCUCGUUCGUCGCGUUGGAUCCGGCGACGGAGCGGGCGUUGGUGAGGAAGAUUGAUAUCAGGUUGAUUCCGUAUCUGUCGUUUCUUUACCUUCUCUCCUUCCUCGACCGUGCCAACAUUGGAAACGCAAAGAUCGAAGGACUCGCGGUUGAUUUGAAGAUGAGCGACCAGCAAUAUCUCUGGACUUUGACGAUCUUUUUCUUUCCUUAUGCAUUGUUCGAGGUUCCCUCCAACAUUCUUCUCAAGAGACUUCGUCCGUCACUCUGGAUUCCGGGGAUUAUCCUUGCUUGGGGUACCUGUAUGACGCUCAUGGGAUUGGUUCACAACUUUCAGGGAUUGAUGAUUGCGAGGUUCUUUUUGGGGUUGGCGGAAGCGGGAUUGUUCCCGGGGUGUAUGUUUUACUUGAGUUGCUGGUACCGAAAACGCGAAUUCGGUAUUCGUGCCGCCAUUUUCUUCAGUGCGGCGACGAUGAGUGGUGCAUUCGGUGGAUUGUUGGCCGCUGGUAUCGCCAAACUCGACGGCACCGCCGGAAAGCCCGGCUGGGCCUGGAUCUUCAUCCUCGAAGGUCUCUUCACCGUAGCAGCCGGCGUCGUCUCCUUCUUCAUCGUCCCCGACUUCCCCGACACCGCAACCUUCCUCACCGAAACCGAGCGCCAACAAACCAUCGCCCGCCUCCAAUCCGACGCACAGUUGUCAGCCGGAACCCAGGAGCACUUUAGGUUCCGGACGUUUUGGACGGCUGUCACGGAUUGGAAGGCAGGGUUUGGGAUGUUGAUUUAUAUGGGGGUUUGUGGGCCGUUGUAUGCGUUUUCGUUGUUUUUGCCGAGUAUUAUUAAGGAGUUGGGGUUUACGAGUACGAAGGCGCAGUUGUUGUCGGUCCCUCCAUACUGUCUCGGCUGUAUCGUCACCCUUUGUGUUGGAUUCCUCGCAGACCGGAGCGGUCGUCGCGGUAUCUUCAACGUCGGCUGUUCCGCCCUCGCGAUUGUCGGAUACACGAUGAACGUUAUCCCCGCCUCCGGUCCCUACGUCCGCUACGGCGGUACCUUCCUCGCGGCAGCGGGUGUCUACCCAUGUAUCGCCAAUACAAUCUCCUGGAUCUCGAACAACGUCGAAGGCACCUACCGUCGCGGAAUCAUCAUGGCCCUCUCCAUCUCCUGGGGAAACAUCAACGGCGCCGUCUCCUCAAACAUCUACAGAGCGAGAGAUGCGCCGCAUUAUACACUUGGGCAUGCGGUUGUUUUGGGGUAUCUGUGUUGUUGCUUUUUCGGGAGUAUGGCGUUUAUGGCGUUGUUGAAGAAGGAGAAUGAGAGGAGGGAUAGGGGGGAGAGGGAUUAUUUGGCGAAUGUGGGGGAGGCGGAGAGGGUUGAGUUGGGGGAUAGGCAUCCGUCGUUUAGGUAUACUUUGUAA